UCGCUUCCAUCCCACCACCUUUUCUCAGCAGAAGCAACGAAGCCAAGCCAAGCCAAUCCAUCUCCUCUCGUCUACUCUCGGCUGCGAAUUAAACCCACCCGCGAAUCCUCCGAUUCUUAUUCUUCCUCUCGCGGCGCGGCGCGAAUCAGUGAUCAAUGGCGUUAGCAUCGGGACCCGCGGCCACGUUCUCCGCCCGCCCCGCGGCGCCGGGCGCCGGCCGGCCCUACUCGUGCGCAGCCGCGGCCACCGGAGGUGCCAGGUUCCGCGGCGCCGACGGGAAGUGGUGGGCGCCGCUGCUGGGGUGGUCGGGCCAGCCAGACUACAUCGACGCCCAGCCGGCGCCUGCACCGGUGUCGGAGGAGGAGCGGGCUGCUGCAGGCGGUGCAGCGGGGGCGAGGCGGUUCGGGGUGCUGACGGAGGAGAAGGCGCGGCAGCUGCGGGUGCGGAUGAUGGAGACGGAGAGCUUCCACGACGCCAUGUACCACUCCGCCAUCGCCUCCCGCCUCGCCUCCGCCGCGCGCGACGGCGACGCCAAGCCGUAGAGCGCGGAGCCGAGCAGCUCAGGCUCAGCUCGCCGGCCGGAGCCAUGGGAGACGCGCUGUCUGUGUACAGCUGUACAUACGCUUUCGUUUGUUUUGUCUGUCCGGUUGAUCGUUACUGUACACCAUUAGACAAGAAGAGGCCGGUAAUAUUUAGGACAGCGCCCCUUCAGACCCUCCUGAACUUGAUUAUUCCAUGGAGAUGGGACUGCUUACUUAAUCUCACUAGUUCUGAAGCAAAACUAGCUAGCAGUAGCACCUGAUGAAUGAUGAAUGUACAAAAAUAAUUUGGUUGUGCUGAUGAUUUCAGUUUCGGUUUGCUCAUCAGUGUUUUA